AUUAUUAUUGUUAAAAGAGUAAUAUUUUAUAAGAAAAGAAUAAACAAGACAAGGUUGGACGUGGAAAGGAAAAAUCAAGCAGUUGGUUAAAGCAGCGAUGGUGGACAAACUGAUCGUCGCCGUUGAAGGCACCGCUGUGUUGGGCCCUUACUGGAAAAUCAUCGUUUCCGAUUACCUUGAUAAAAUUAUCAGGUGCUUUUUUGGAGUGGACUCAACUUCACAGAAAUCAUCUGCAGCCGAUGUGGAGGUCUCCAUGGUCAUGUUUAAUACACAUGGUCCUUAUAGUGCUUGCCUGGUUCAGCGGAGUGGCUGGACAAAAGACAUGGAUACCUUUUUGCAGUGGCUUUCAGCUAUACCUUUUUCAGGAGGUGGUUUCAAUGACGCUGCAGUUGCAGAAGGACUUGCUGAAGCAUUAGUGAUGUUUUCUGUACCAAAUGGUAACCAAACUCAACAAAAAAUGGAAGGGAAAAAACAUUGCAUACUUAUUUCUGGAAGCAACCCUUAUCCGUUGCCUACACCAGUUUAUCGACCACAGAUGCAGAAACUGGAGCAGAACGAAAAUAUUGAAGCACAAACAGAUAGUCGACUAGCUGAUGCUGAGACAGUUGCAAAGACAUUCCCUCAGUGUUCUAUUUCCCUGUCAGUUAUAUGCCCAAAAAAGCUUCCAAAACUAAGAGCAAUAUAUGAUGCGGGAAAACACAAUCCACGAGCAGCUGACCCGCCCAUUGAUACGGCUAAGAAUCCAAACUUUCUUGUUCUGAUAUCCGAAAACUUCAUCGAGGCUCGUGCUGCUUUCAGUCGCUCUGGACUGACCAAUUUGGCGUCAAAUCACAGCCCUGUCAAGAUGGAUGUGUCUUCUGUUCUUCCAGUUUCUGGCACACAAUCAAUUUCUAAUUCAGCUGCAAAUGUAUCUGUUAUCAGUCGACCACCAAUUUCCGCUGGAAAUAUUCCUCCGGCAACUGUAAAAAUUGAGCCCAACACUGUGACCCCCAUGACUGGACCUGGAUUUUCACAUAUUCCGUCUGUUCGUCCUGCUCUUCAACCGGUUCCAAGUUUGCAAGCUUCUUCUCCUCUUUCUGUUUCUCAGGAGAUGGUAUCACAUACUGAGAAUGUUCAGGAGAUGAAACCCAUAGUCAGUGGUAUGACUCAGUCCUUACGUCCGGUUGCUGCUGCAGCAGCAAAUGUCAAAAUCUUGAACGGUGUUGCUCAGGCACACCAAGUUCUAGGCGGGGGGACUUCUAUAGGACUGCAAUCUAUGGGUGGCACCCCUAUGCUUUCAAGUAUGAUAUCUAGUGGAAUGGCAUCUUCCGUCCCUGCUUCUCAAGCUGUAUUAUCAUCUGGGCAAUCAGGUGUGACAACAAUGACUGGGGCUGUUCCACUAGCAGGAAGUGCACAGAAUACACAAAACUCAGCUCCUUCUUCAUUCACUUCAACUGCUCCCAGUAUGUCUGGUCAAACGGUUCCUGCAAUGAGCCAAGGUAAUAUACCAGGCACACAAAUGAUGCCAAGUGGGACAGGGAUGAACCAGAAUAUGCUGACUGGGCUGGGUGCAACUGGUUUGCCUUCCGGAACUGGCACAAUGAUGCCUACUCCAGGGAUGUCUCAACAAGGACAACCAGGCAUGCAACCAGUUGGUGUGAACAGCACAUCAGCGAACAUGCCUCUAUCUCAACAGCAAACAUCUGGUGCAUUGCCAUCAGCUCAAUCAAAAUAUGUCAAAGUUUGGGAGGGAAACUUAUCUGGUCAGAGACAGGGGCAGCCUGUAUUUAUUACCAGAUUGGAGGGGUAUAGGAGUGCCUCAGCUUCUGAAUCGCUUGCUGCAAAUUGGCCUCCAACAAUGCAAAUUGUUCGCCUUAUUUCCCAAGAUCACAUGAAUAACAAACAAUAUGUUGGGAAGGCAGAUUUUCUAGUUUUUCGGGCAAUGAACCAGCAUGGGUUCCUUAGUCAGCUGCAAGAAAAGAAGCUUUGUGCGGUAAUACAACUCCCAUCGCAGACACUGCUUCUGUCUGUUUCUGAUAAAGCCUGCCGCUUGAUUGGAAUGCUUUUUCCUGGGGAUAUGGUGGUGUUUAAGCCACAGAUACCAAGUCAACAGCAACAACAGCAGCAACAGCAGCAGCUGCAAGCACAACAUCCACAGUUGCAGCAACAGCAGCAACAGCAGCAGCAGCAUCUUACGCAACUACAACAGCAACCCCUUCAACAGCUGCAACAACAGCAACAGCAGCAACCUCUCAUGCAACUGCAGCAACAACAGCAGAUUCCGUUGCAACAAUCACAGGUUCCCCAAAUGCAGCAACAACAGAUUCACCAAAUGCAGCAGCAGCAGCAGAUCCCGCAAAUGCAGCAGCAGCAGCAGAUUCCGCAAAUGCAGCAGCAACAGCAGCAGCAACCAAUGGUUGGAACAGGGAUGAACCAAACCUACAUGCAAGGUCCUGCAAGGUCACAGCUAAUGUCUCAGAGUCAAGGUUCAUCACAAGGACUGCCAAUCACACCAGGAGGCGGGUUUAUGAAUUGAAAAUGUCAUAGAACUAGACAACCAUUGUACAAAUGUGAGACCAGGCAGUUGAUUCCAAAAGUGUAGCCAUGCAUUUGGUGCAUAUCUUAACAAUGGAAUUUCGAAGUAAUCAAAUUCAUUAUAGACUCUAGCAUAGAAAUUACUUGUGCCCUUCAAAUCAGGUUGGGGCGGCUGUAAAGGCAAAAUAAAAGGGGAAGAGGGAGGAAUUUUCUGGGCGUGGGCGUGGGCGUGAGAACAUGACUGCAUAUUUGGUCACCAAUCUAUUUUCUUUUGAUCUCAACAUCAGUAUUCUUUUUGGUUUUUUGUUCAACUAUAGUUAUUCACGUCAUAGGUUCAACAUUUCACUA